ACAGGACUCUUAUGAAAAACAUUUCAUCCUGACUCCUCAGAAGAUCAACGACUUGAACGGAGUGGAAGUGUUUCUGCUGACCAUGCGUCUACACGGAUCAUUGAGUAUAUUGGGAGCACUGUUGGCCCUCCUGGCAGGCUGUCAACAAUGUGUCUCAGCUGACAGUGACACUUUGGCUCCACCAGAGGUCUCACAGUACAAUGGCACUCUGUAUGCAGCCUGCAAAAUGAGACCCAGCACCUCACUGGCCCAGGGUCUGCCCAAAGUGUACGGCCGGGCGCUGUUUAAGCAAGAUUAUCCUCAGGGAACUCUCAAGGUCCUUCUUCGAUUCAACGGCUUCCCAACAGAUGGUGUUCCACAGCCCAGAGCGGUGCACAUCCAUCAGUACGGAGACCUGAGCCAGGGGUGUGACUCCACUGGUGGCCACUACAAUCCACAUGGUGUACACCACCCCAACCACCCUGGAGACUUUGGUAACUUUGAGCCACAAGAAGGAAAAAUCAAUGCCAUGAUUGAAUCUGUCGCAACGCUGUUUGGAGGCUUGUCUGUGAUUGGGAGAGCGGUGGUGGUCCAUGAAAAGCUUGAUGAUUUAGGGGGUGGUGGAGACGCUGGUAGCCUGCUGCAUGGAAACGCAGGCCGGAGGCUCGGAUGUUGCAUUAUUGGCAUUUCCUCCCCCAGACAGUGGAAUAUGCACCAUAAGCAGUAUAAUAGGGAACUGAGGAGAAAUUAA